AACAAUACCUAAAUCAUUCUGAAGAGCCACUAGCACCAUGGCUUCCAGGUUGUCCUUCACUCUCAGUCAUAGGCCUCUUUCUUCAUGUGCACCAAAAUCUCGUGUUCCUGUCUUUUUCUCCUUUCAACCAUCUUAUAAUAUUUCAAGGGGUAUUCGUCCUCUUCGAUUCACAGAAAUCAAGCAUCUCAAGGUUUGUGGAUUUCAGCCAAUACGCUCUCGGGCUCAAGAAUGUGUUGAUGAAGUGUCUAAGGAUAAUUUGGAAGAGGAAGCUCUUCAGAAUGUUUUGGUAACAAACGAGAUUCAAAAGAAGAUAAAUGAAAUAAAAUUGAUGUUGGAUUCGAUGGAAGAUGGAGAAAUCACGAUAUCAGCUUAUGACACAGCAUGGGUUGCUCUAGUGAAAAAUGUUGAUGAUGGAAAUUCACCUCAAUUCCCAUCGUGUCUUGAAUGGAUUGCGAAUAAUCAGCUACACGAUGGCUCAUGGGGAGACGGUGAAUCAUUCGAAGCACAUGAUCGCAUUCUCAACACGUUAGCUUGUGUUAUAGCACUAAGAUCGUGGAACAUGCAUCCUGAGAAGUGUGAGAAGGGAAUGACAUUCUUUAAGAAAAAUUUGUACAAGCUUAAGGACGUGAAUGCAGAGCAUAUGCCUAUUGGGUUUGAAGUUGCUUUCCCUUCUCUUCUCGAUUUGGCUCGAAGUUUGAAUAUUGAAGUGCCAGAUGACUCUUCUAUCUUGAAAGAUAUUUUAGCAAUGAGAGACCUGAAGCUUAAAAAAAUACCGAAAGAAGUUCUGCACAAGGUGCCAACAACGCUGCUUCAUAGUUUGGAGGGAAUGCCAAAUUUAGACUGGAAUCAGCUUCUAAAGUUGCAGUCACAAGACGGAUCAUUCUUAUUCUCUCCAUCCUCCACAGCCUAUGCUCUAAUGAACACUAAAGAUGAAAAAGCUCUCAAAUAUCUGAACAAAACAGUGAAGAGGUUCAAUGGGGGAGUUCCAAAUGUCUACCCGGUGGAUUUGUUUGAACACAUAUGGGUUCCUGAUCGACUCGAUCGGCUUGGAAUUUCAAGAUAUUUUCAGUCAGAGAUUAAAGAUUGUGCGAAUUAUGUUUCAAGGUAUUGGAAUGAGAAGGGUAUUUGCUGGGCAAGGAAUUCAGAGGUUCAAGAUAUAGAUGACACAGCAAUGGGAUUUAGACUCCUAAGGUUGAAUGGGCACCAAGUUUCACCCAAUGUGUUUGAGAACUUUAAGAAAAAUGGCAAGUUCUUCUGCUUUUCUGGGCAGUCAAACCAAGCAGUUACUGGAAUGUUUAACCUUUAUAGAGCAUCUCAAGUGCUAUUUCAAGGAGAGAAGAUUCUAGAGGAUGCCAAGAACUUUUCUUCCAAAUUUUUAACUCAGAAACGUGCUGCAAAUGAGCUCCUAGAUAAAUGGAUCAUAACCAAAGAUUUACCAGCCGAGGUGGGUUACGCGCUGGACGUGCCCUGGUAUGCCAGCUUACCUAGACUGGAGACAAGAUUUUACUUUGAACAAUAUGGUGGUAGCAGUGAUGUUUGGAUUGGCAAGACCCUUUACAGGAUGCCGUACGUGAACAAUGAUGUUUAUGUAGAGCUGGCAAAACUGGAUUACAGCAACUGUCAAAAAGUGCAUCUUGCAGAAUGGGAAAAGAUCCAAAGGUGGUACUCGGAAGCAGAACUAGAGGGGUUUGGAUUGAGCAAACAAAGUCUCCUAUUUGCUUAUUUCAUAGCAGCAGCCAACAUAUUUGAGCCUGAAAGGUCUCGAGAGAGACUUGCAUGGGCUGUAACAGCAGCAUUGGUCGAGACACUGAGGUCCUACAUAAAGGAUGGAGAAACUAGUAGUGCUUUUGUAGAUUCGUUCAACAGCAACAUUAAUGGACGAAACAACUCAAACAACAAGCAAUUGAACAAGAGAGAGGAGAAACUUCUGGAGAUCUUGCUGAAAAAUCUUGAUUACCUUGAGCUCGAAAUGUUUCCGAGUCGUUCUCAGGAAUUCUCCCAUUAUUUGUAUAAAGUGUGGCAAAGCUGGCUUUCAAGUUGGCAAAAUGAAGGGAACAGCUUCGGAAGAGAAGCUGAGCUGAUUGUGAAAAUCACAAAUGGAAUUGCUGGUCAUUGGUCAGAAGAACUAGAGCUCAAUCCACAGUACCAGAGGUUGAUGGAAGUCACUAACAGAGUCUGCCAAGGGCUUCGCAAUUAUCAAAGCAGCAAGGCACAUGAUAGUGGCAAAGACAACUUGAGUACAACCAGCGUUACUACCCCUCAAAUAGAAUCAGACAUGCAAGAACUUGUGGAAUUGGUGCUCCAAAAUUCCUCAGAUUGCGUGCACUCCAGUGUCAAGAAUUCAUUCUUCAUGGUGGCGAAGGGCUUUUAUUAUUCAGCAUAUUUUGAUCCAGAGACCAUAAACUCUCAUAUUGAGAAGGUUCUCUUUCAAAAAGUGAUGUAAAUCACUAAUAGAACAAUUGUCACCGUUCUCGAUAAUAUUUUCCUUUUUUUUUUCUCCAGUUGGGAUAAGUGCUAAAUUGGCAAUUAUAUUGUUAUUUUAUAAACUGAGAAUGCAAUAAAAUCAAAGGGAAAAGGAAUCC